AUAUUUGGACGGUCGAGAGGCGGUCACACUAGAUCCGCAUUAGUUUUUUUUCGGGUCCAAAAUCUGUCGAAAUCCGCAAAUUGCAUGUAUAUUCUUGUAUUUAAAGACUGCAAAAUUUGAUAGACAGCGCGAGAGUCAGCUGUAAAAAGCAAACAGUUCGCAAUUCUCCGAGGAGCAACAGCCCCAAAACGAGAGCGUGCUGACCACUUGGAUGCCUGAAAAGUAUUAUGGAAAGAGGAUGCCCAGCUGCUAGCAGUGAAUUUGUGGCCAGUGAAGGGGAGUGUACUCAGUCAGCAGUCAGAAGCUCCACCUCCACGUGGGUCAAGAGUCAGGCCUCAACCAGCCGGAAAGCAGGGUCAUCAGAGGAAUCUGGGGCAUUAUUAAAAGCAGACGAAACACCAGGAGCCGGCCGUCUAGCCUUUGUAUCUAUGUCAACGUUGAGGGAUGAUGUGGAGGACGUGUGUGUGUCGUCAAACUCACAACAUGGCUUCGCCGUAGUUCUGGACGACGAGUCCAGUACCUUUGAGAUUAGCUCUUCCAACUCACUGCCCACAAGCGCGGGGGCGGCAUCCACCGUGGGCGUGGUUGCCGUCGACGAUAGCUCCUCCACGGACACCUUGAACGGUGCCCAUCCGUUGCGUCACCCCGCCUCCUCGGAGCACAGUCGUCAGGGCUUCUUUAACGAGGAUAAUGAAGAUCCUCCGGUUGUCUGCCUUAUAAACGACGAUGACGAUGAUGAGGAGCCCGAGCCGGAGGACGAGGAUGAGGAGGAGCUGAUUGAAGACGCGGAUGAUGACGAGGAAGUUGUGGACAUUGUAGUGGCCGCCAUCGACUGCCCCAACACAUCACAAUUGGCUUUGGCCGAUGGCACUAUCGUGGCGGCCGAUGGAUCUAAGAUCUUCCUGGAGACGCCCGUUGUGGAGGAGGCCCAGCCGCAUCCCGGCCAGGUGGUCACCGUAGGACCCCAGUCUGAGCUUACGGGCAAGCCCAAAAGAUUAAGCGACGAGUUCUUGCUCGGUGAUGAAGAACAGACGGAGAACUUGGCCUUGGGUAGAAUCAUCAAGUCUGAGCCGAUUGGCGCCGUUCAAGACAAUCCUUUUGAAGGCGACGAUGCGGCCACUUGCUCUUCCCUGCACGACCGACUCAUGUCCGUGCGCCUGAAGCAGAUGAGCCUCACGGCCAAUGCUGUUUCGAAUCCCUCGCCAGCAGCCUCUGCCAACGCCGCCGCCCCAGAGGAGGCCUCCACAUCCAGCUCCAGCUCAAACUCCAGCUCUGCCUUAUCCAAGGCAGACAUUGAGUCUAUGGAUCUGAUCGAGCGCCGCGACUUCGAGACGGAGCAGCGGCUAACGGGCGGCAUCAUCCUGCGCACCAGCUCUAUGAUGAGCCAGAACAAACUGAAUCUAAGUCUGAUCAAGUCCAUGGCAGGGGGCAGCAAAGCGGCCAAUGGAUCGGGUGCUGCCAACAGCGAUGAUUGGCCCAGCAGCAGCAACGGGCGCACCGUCUCCUCGGACAGCAAGUACACAUACAAGGAUCUGUCAACGACACCGACAAGCAGUCGCAAGUAUACCAACAGCCGGCUAAGCAAGUCCACUGCCAAAUUAAAUCUGGGCUCCUCGCUGGGCGCCUCCAGUUGCAGCCAGCACCGGAGCAGUUCCAGUUCCACAUCGAAGUCAGCGGAGACGUCGACCAGCUGCACCGGAGCAGCCCGAACAGAUGUAUACACCAACACAAACUCGAAUGAUUACCCAGGCUUGGCUCCAACCACAUCCGGUUCGUCCACAUCCAGCGGCAGCUGUCAGCAGGAGCAGGAGGAGCAGACGACUGCAUCGGUCUCGUACAGUUCGGUGGGAUCGCAGACCUCUCAGGAAAGUGGUUGCAGUCGCACCACCGUUCACAAUCCCUCGGCGGCCUGCUCCGCCGGGACUGCGUGUUUGGGUGAUUCUCAGGCCUCGACUUCGGCGUCCUCCUCCUCCGCUCCCGCUGGGGCUUCCAACACCAAUCGAUGCCAGUAUGCCACGGCAUCGACGACGAAGGCAACGCGCCAGGUAAAUGCCAGCGCUCAGACCCAGGAACGUUUCCUGGCGCGCAGUAACCCGUCCGCUGGCAGUGGAGCGGGAUCAGCUGCGCCACAGCCGGUGGCAGCAGUUCGACAGCGUCGCAAUGGUUCCAGCGAUGUUGUUCACCUGGAAGUGGUUGUGGAGGAUGGAGCCGCUGGCGGAGACGGCGCCAUUGUCGAGCCGGGUGACUUUAGCGCCGAAGAACCGUGGGCCAAUUGCGAUGAGGAGAACAACUGCUCCGAUCUGGAGGAGAUAUGCACAUGCCAGAAUGGCAACGUAAGCAGCUACGGCGGUAGCAACGCCAGUCUCAGCGAGACCUUCGACCUCGACGCCAUGGAUCCGGAUGAGCCCAUCUCCCUGUCACUUUCCACUGCUGCCUCCGCCACCGGUUUCGCCGACUGCUCGCUGACCAAUCCAAGCUCGUUAAUCUCGCAGCAGCGCAAACGGAAGUAUAACGAAGGUCGUUUGCUAGAUGGCGGUGAUUACUCGCUAACCAUCUCGUCCAGCGGCGGAGUAAGCGGACCGGGUUCGGGUGUCAGCGACAAUUGCCGCAAACGGAUCGCCUACGACUUCGCCUCCACGCCGCGCUCCUCACAACAUUCGGGACCCACAGCAGUGCUGAUUACGCCCACUUCGCACCUGGCAAACGCUUCGCCGGGAUCGGGAUUGGGUCGACGCACGCCUCGUUCUGUUCCGACCCGUGACAAUCCGCCGCCAGAGCUGCAGAACUGGUUGGCCCAAUUCCAACGAUGGUCCCAUGUGGAGCGAUUGCUGGCCCUGGACCGUCUAAUUGACCACUGCGACCCAUCACAGGUGCGCCACAUGAUGAAGGUCAUUGAGCCGCAGUUCCAGCGCGACUUUAUCUCUCUGCUUCCACGGGAGUUGGCCCUCUUUGUGCUUUCCUACUUGGAGCCCAAGGACUUGCUUAGGGCCGCCCAGACCUGCCGGAGCUGGCGCUUCUUGUGCGACGACAACCUGUUGUGGAAGGAGAAGUGCCGCAAGGCUCAGAUUCUCGCGGAGCCGCGAAGCGACCGUCCGAAGCGAGGACGCGAUGGCAACAUGCCCCCGAUUGCCUCGCCGUGGAAGGCCGCCUACAUGCGUCAGCACAUCAUUGAAAUGAACUGGCGGUCGCGACCUGUGCGCAAGCCCAAGGUUCUCAAGGGCCACGACGAUCAUGUGAUCACGUGCCUGCAAUUCUCCGGCAAUCGCAUUGUGUCCGGCUCCGAUGACAAUACGCUCAAAGUGUGGUCGGCGGUCAAUGGGAAGUGUCUGCGCACUCUGGUGGGCCACACCGGUGGCGUUUGGUCCUCCCAAAUGUCCGGUAACAUCAUCAUCUCUGGCAGCACUGAUCGCACACUCAAAGUUUGGGACAUGGACAGCGGCGCUUGUGUUCAUACGCUUCAGGGGCAUACGUCCACUGUGCGGUGCAUGCAUCUUCAUGGCAGCAAGGUGGUCAGUGGAUCGCGAGAUGCAACUUUGCGGGUCUGGGACAUCGAACAGGGUUCCUGUCUGCAUGUUUUGGUUGGUCAUUUGGCCGCUGUGCGUUGUGUUCAGUACGAUGGGAAGCUGAUUGUGUCAGGUGCUUACGAUUACAUGGUGAAGAUCUGGCAUCCGGAGCGCCAAGAGUGCCUGCACACGCUGCAGGGACACACGAACCGCGUGUACUCAUUGCAGUUUGAUGGCCUGCAUGUGGUCUCAGGCUCUUUAGAUACCUCAAUUCGCGUAUGGGACGUGGAGUCGGGCAAUUGCAAACACACCCUUAUGGGCCAUCAAAGUUUAACCUCCGGCAUGGAACUGCGGCAAAACAUACUCGUUUCUGGCAACGCGGAUUCCACCGUUAAGGUGUGGGACAUCACAACCGGACAAUGUCUGCAAACGCUGUCGGGUCCCAACAAGCAUCAGUCCGCGGUAACCUGCCUGCAAUUUAAUUCCCGAUUUGUGGUGACCAGUUCUGACGAUGGCACUGUCAAAUUAUGGGACGUUAAGACAGGCGACUUUAUACGUAAUCUUGUGGCUCUGGACUCUGGUGGAUCCGGCGGUGUUGUAUGGCGGAUCAGGGCAAACGACACAAAACUCAUUUGUGCCGUGGGCUCCCGCAACGGGACGGAGGAAACGAAGCUCAUGGUCCUGGACUUCGACGUGGAGGGGGCUUGUGUUAAGUGCUCAUAGGAGCCGGUGAGGCACUUCCGGUCUGGCCCUCGCUUUUCUAUUCAGGCAGCAAAAGGUCAAGGACGAGGCAGCUAGUAUACAGCUUCAAGCGAGAUUUCAUUGCAAACUCAUCUAAGCACACAGAAACACACACAGACAGUUACCGCGGACGCAGAGGUCCGCAAUGAAAAGUUGAUUGCCUUGCCAACAAAAUGCAGCUGCUCACAUACACCACACACCAUAUACACAGUAAACAUACGAAAGAAUUAAGGAAAAAGAAAGGGGGUCGGGUGGUUGGGGUGUGGCUGUGGCUGUGAGUGUGUAUUGUUAUUAAUACCUUCUUUAAUUUACGUUGCUUUAUAGCCAAAAUUCGUUUUCCACCGUAGAAUAAUUUCGCUUCUUAGUUUUUAUCACGAUUAUCCAUAUGGCGAGAGUCGAUUGAAUUAAUGAUAAUGUAAUGAGUACGUAUUAUAAACCGCAGAUUUACAAUUGCAGAUGCAAAUACUUUGUUCCGCGCCGUGUGAACCCAAGAGAAGGAAUAUGAAAACAGAGCUUUAUAUUGAUUAAAUUGUAAUUUGUUUAAAUGAAAUGCGGAUAAUAUGGAUAUGUUAAUAUUGGCCCAGCAAUUGAGUUGAGUUUGCCGUCUAUUAUGUUUACAUUUGUGGUUUCGUUUCGUCCAACUUGUUUUGUUUAAAUGUACUUGGAGUUACCUACAUUCUAUUGGCUUGCCCUGAUUGUUUCCCCUAAAAUAAAAUUAACUUGAUUUGAUUCUUUUGUCGUGUAGUAGAGUUAGCGUUACUGGCUUCCAAUUCCAAAUUCAAAAUUUCCCAUUUGCCAGGAACCUGCCACAAUUGUCGUACAUAGUGUUUAAGAGUCAUCUGCCGAACUCAUCGAGCAGCAGCUCACCCCAUAAAACAACAAAAACAACUGCUACAACAAAACUGCAACACAACAAACAACACUUACACACACGUGAAAUCAUUAAGCGAACAUAUAUUUUAAUUAUAGACUGAUUUAUUAGUAAUUGAAAUUAAUCUACAAAUAUGUAUGUGUAAUGGUACCGUAUGUAUUUCAAUAAAAUUUAUCGGUUUAAGCAUAAA